AUGUCCGCAAGACCGCCGAGGAUACUCGUGAUUGGCGCCGGAUCGCGGGGACGUACUUACGCAAGAGCGACCAUUUCGUCUAGCAAUGGUGUUGUAGUUGCCAUUGCCGAACCUGACCAGUACAAGCGGCAUCAAUUUGGCCGGAACUUCAUUCAUGGCACCAGGCAAGCACCCGAAGGUUCACUCUUUGCAGGUUGGCAGGAGUUCAUCGGCUGGGAGACUAGUCGUCGAGAAAGAGAAAAAGCUGGUGAGGUUGUUCCCGAGGGAGUCGAUGCCGCUUUUGUUUGUGUUCUCGACGAGAUGCACCACGAUGUGGUCGUGGCUCUAGCACCUCUCGGCCUGCACAUCAUGUGCGAAAAACCACUAGCGACGACCCUGGCUGAUUGUGUCGAUAUGUAUCGAGCUUUGGCACCAUACCAGAAGGACAAGGUGUUCUCCAUCGGACACGUGCUACGCUAUAGCCCCCACAAUAUGAUGCUGCGGAAGCUGCUUCUGGAAGAGAACGCCAUUGGUGAUAUUUUGAGCAUUGUUCACACGGAACCCGUGGGUUGGUGGCAUUUCUCCCACAGUUAUGUGCGCGGCAACUGGAGGAAGGAAUCCACCACUGCACCGUCGUUAUUGACAAAAAGCUGUCAUGACAUCGACAUAAUCUUGUGGUUGCUGUGCUCACCGCCGCCAGGCUCCGGAGCUCCACCGCAUUUGCCAUCGACUUUGUCGUCUUCUGGCUCCCUGCAGUUCUACAAGAAGAACAGGAAACCGAAGUCUGCGGGCCAUGCCACUAACUGCUUGAGCUGCCCGAUAGAACAAGACUGUAUGUAUUCGAGCAAGCGUAUCUAUGUGGGUGCCAUGCAUCAAGGACUUGAAACCGGGAACACACAUUGGCCAGUGAGCAUUGUCGUGCCAGAUAUUGAGAGCUUUGACGAGGGUGGACGCAAAGAAGUCCUGCUUGCUGCGCUAGCAGAAGACUAUGAUGACUCUACACCAAAAUCUGAGAUCGAAAAGCGAAAUUGGUUCGGCCGCUGUGUAUGGGAAUCAGACAAUGACGUUUGCGACGAACAGGUAGUUACGAUAACGUGGGAUGACGACCCCCUGCAACCAGGCUCCGCAAGUGCCGGUUCCCUGGGCGCCAGAGGCUCGAAACAGGCAACCUUUCAUAUGAUAGCCCAAACCAAGAAGCAGUGCGACCGGUAUUCGUAUAUAUAUGGAACAGAAGGCGAGAUAUACGCAGAUUCAAAAACGAUCACGAUUGAAGAUUUCCGAACUGGUGAAACAAAGUCGUUCAAACCGCACCUAGAAAGCUUGGGGCAUGGUGGCGGUGAUGUUGGUUUGACCAGACAAUUCAUCUUGGCUGUUGACCGUGUCAAGAACCAUGGAUGGUCAGCAGAGAAAGCUCAAACAGAAUAUAUCGGGUGCACUUUGGAGGAGGUUGUUCGCAGCCAUGCCAUGGUCUUCGCGGCUGAAGAGGCUAGAACGGAUAAGAAAGUCCUCGGAUGGAAGCAAUGGUGGGCUGAUAAUGUUGGAAAGAUAUGA